UCAACUUAACGCUACCACUGAAGGAUUACAGAAGAAAAGAGGAUUACUGUCACAGUCCUGCUUGAGUGGAAGACUGAUAUGAGAAGAUGCUAUCUGGAUCGAGCAAAUUACUUCAUCUUGGAGGCAGAUGAUGAAAAUCGUGUUUUUCCCAGCCAGACUCUCUGAACGGGAGGAACAGCUUCCAGUGGUUUUCUCUUCGACACACACACACACAAGGGAACAGCAGCAGCAGCUACUAAAUACUUCACUCCAUCAUCUGCCGUGACACUGCAAUGACCUCUCUUAGGCUGUUACCUUUGUUGCACUCCCUCCUCGUCCUCCAAGUCCAUCUUUCCAACCAGUUAGAGGACAACAAGAUCCCUGCCAGUCUGUGCACUGGUCACCCUGGUACCCCCGGCUCUCCUGGAGUUCAUGGCAGUCCUGGUCAGCCGGGGAGGGAUGGGAGGGAUGGAAGGGAUGCUGCUCCGGGGGAGAAAGGACAGAAAGGAGACAGGGGAGAAUCAGGUGAGACGGGAGUGCGAGGCCUGACCGGAGACAGCGGUGACCCUGGACAAAAGGGAGAGAGGGGGGAGCCGGGAGAGUGUGCUGUAGCUCCCAAAUCAGCCUUCAGUGCCAAAUUGUCUCAGGGCAACACUUUACCCCUCAAUGUGGGCGAUGCAGUCCACUUUGACACCAUCAUGCUCAACGAACAAGGCGACUACAACAAAGAGACCGGGCGCUUCACCUGCAAAGUCCCUGGAGUUUACUACUUCGCCGUCCACGCCACAGUCUACCGUGCCAGCCUGCAGUUUGACCUGAUGAAGAACGGACACGUGGUGGCUUCUUAUUUUCAGUUUUAUGGCAACUGGCCCAAACCAGCGUCCCUGUCAGGCGGCUCCCUGCUCCACCUCGUCCCCGGUGACCAGGUGUGGGUCCAGAUGGCGCUCUCAGAGUACAAUGGAUUUUACUCCAGCACCAAGACAGACAGCACCUUCAGCGGCUUCCUGGUGUACUCAGACUGGAAAAACUCUGCUGUGUUUGCAUGACAAGUGCCUACGAACAAAGUCAUAUCCCACUGAGGGAAACGAACCACAACUAUUUGAUUUUCUAAUUGAGAAGUUCUGGAUAAAGACGAGUGAAUCAGCUGAGACGUGUCACAGCUGUAUUUGUGCAAGAAAUAAUAAUAAAAAACACAGCAUAAAAUGUGACGUGAAUAGCA